UUCUAGUCUUCCUUCAUAAAUAAGCAACCAACCUCUCUCCUUCUGAACUCCACAGUUCUUCCUCCUCAAGCUCUCUAAAAUGGCUUCCGAUGUCGAAAGCCCCACAAUCUCCUUCCCCGCAAAGAAUGUCAAAUAUUCUGGCGAAAUCGAUGCUGUGCAGCAGCCUCUUCUGGAAAAUAAUAAAAGUACCGAGUGCGAGGAAUUCUCCGUUGUUUCCGCCAUUCUUCCGUUUCUGUUCCCUGCUUUCGGAGGACUACUGUAUGGUUAUGAUAUUGGAGCUACAUCUUCUGCUACUCUUUUGAUUCAGUCCGCUACACUGAGUGGAGUUUCAUGGUAUAAUUUGUCUUCGGUGCAAGUUGGUCUUAUUACCAGUGGCUCAUUGUACGGUGCAUUGAUAGGCUCAAUUUUGGCAUAUACUGUAGCGGACUUCCUAGGAAGGAGAAGAGAAUUGGGUCUUUCAUCUGUUAUGUACUUUGUUGGAGCUACCGUAACAGCUUUUGCACCGACUUUUGUUGUUCUGGUGAUCGGGCGUGUUGUUUAUGGUAUAGGAAUUGGAUUGGCAAUGCAUGCUGCUCCAAUGUACAUAGCUGAAACAGCUCCAAGUCAAAUACGAGGGCAGCUGAUUUCCCUUAAAGAAUUCUUCAUAGUUCUUGGGAUGCUAGUGGGGUAUGUAGGUGGUAGCCUUUUGGUAGACACAGUCGGUGGUUGGAGGUACAUGUACGGACUUAGUACUCCAAUAUCACUCGUAAUGGGAUUUGGAAUGUAUUGGCUACCGUCAUCACCUAGAUGGAUUCUUCUAAGAGCUAUACAAGGGAAAGACGAUGUUCAGUCUCUAAGAAAGAAUGCCAUUGAUUGCUUAUGUCGCCUACGAGGUGAAGCUAUUAUUGCUGAUUCUGCUCCUCAAAAAGUUGAUGAGAUGUUGUCUGAGCUCUCUCACAUGCGUGAAGAGCAAGAAGCUUCAUUAGCUGAGAUGUUCCAAGGGAAGUGCUUGAAAGCACUCAUUAUUGGUGGUGGUUUAGUCCUAUUUCAACAGAUAACAGGGCAACCAAGUGUGCUAUACUAUGCUGCUACAAUAUUUCAGAGUGCAGGAUUUUCUGCAGCAUCAGAUGCAACUAAGGUCUCCAUUUUACUUGGUCUCUUGAAGCUGAUUAUGACCGGGGUGGCUGUACUUGUCGUUGAUCGAUUGGGAAGAAGACCUCUGCUACUUGGUGGUGUAUCUGGUAUUGCUGUAUCUCUAUUUCUACUGGGAUCUUAUUACACUUAUCUUGGUGAUAUACCCGCUGUGGCAGUUGUUGCUUUGCUCGUAUAUGUUGGUUGUUACCAGUUAUCAUUUGGUCCCAUUGGUUGGUUGAUGAUUUCGGAGAUUUUUCCGUUGCGCCUAAGAGGACGAGGUUUGAGUAUUGCAGUGCUCAUUAAUUUUGGCGCAAAUGCGCUCGUGACAUUUGCAUUUUCUCCCCUCAAGGAAUUGCUUGGGGCUGGAAUCCUAUUCUUCAUAUUCGGGGGCAUAGCUAUAUUGUCGCUUAUAUUCAUCUUCUUCAUCAUUCCAGAAACCAAGGGGCUUACCCUUGAGGAGAUUGAGGCCAAACUCCUCUAGCCCAAUAAAUCAAAUUUCCCGCCAAUAUUCGGAUUUCUUGUAAUUCCAUGUUUGUAAAUCAAACCUAUAUCUAUCAUGCUUUGGUGGAAACAGCUAAUGAAUAUUUUUUUCAAGCUACACUUUAAUAUAAUUAUUUCAAUCA